AAAAAAAGUUCCCGUUCGAAUCGCGAAUUGAAUUGAAUUGAAGACAUGAUCCAGCGACCAUUUUAAGCAUCGCAAAUUUUGACCGAGCAAUGGCAGCCGUAUACAAGUCAUUGUCCAAGGGGACUAGUAGCCAGAAGGCCGAAGCGCCUGCCAAUGGCGUCCGAAAGAAUAAGCAAAGAGUUUUAAUAUUAUCUUCCAGAGGUGUCACAUACAGACAUCGACAUUUACUUAAUGACCUUGCGUCUAUGCUCCCCCAUGGCCGGAAGGACGCAAAACUAGACACGAAGUCGAAGCUUUACCAGCUCAACGAGCUCGCGGAACUUUACAACUGCAACAAUGUGCUGUUCUUCGAGGCGCGCAAAGGCAAGGAUUUGUACGUGUGGUUGAGCAAGGUUCCUAAUGGCCCAACGGUCAAGAUGCACCUCCAGAACUUACACACAAUGGAAGAGCUGCACUUCACGGGCAACUGCUUGAAGGGCUCAAGACCAAUUCUCUCCUUCGACGCCGCCUUCGAUAAGGAACCUUACCUACAAGUCAUCAAGGAGCUUUUCCUCCACACAUUCGGUGUGCCACAAGGCGCGAGGAAAUCUAAGCCCUUCAUAGAUCGCGUUAUGGGGUUCACAUUCGCAGAUGGAAAGAUAUGGGUGCGCAACUACGAAGUAAAGGAGUCAGAGGCGCCGAAGGUGCAGGACGGGGAGACGGAGGUAGACGCUAAGCCUACUAAAGGCCGCAACAAGGAGCUCGACGUCAGCAUGGUUGAAAUUGGCCCCCGAUUCGUGCUCACCCCUAUCGUCAUCCAGGAAGGCUCCUUCGGCGGGCCGAUCAUCUACGAGAACAAAGAGUUCGUCUCGCCGAACCAAGUCCGAGCCGACUUGCGAAGGAGACAGGCUACGAAGCAUAAUACUCGUACAGAGCAGCACGUGGAGAGGCUCGCGAAGAAGGGGGAUCUGGGACUGCGGACGAAUGGCAAGCAGGCUCCGGUGGAUGCGCUGGAUACGAAGGAACUGUUCGCUUAGAUGUUGUAACUUACUACCAAUGGCGUUCUGGCGUUCCUAUGACACCCAGGUAUCUUCAGAUAUUCUCUAGCAAAAGAUGCUAAUUUUGAGCUGAAAUAAUACCCUGCAAUAGCUAGCCUCUAUCAUGAUAAUGUGAAUAUCUUCUAGUGGUUCAUUCUCUCUGUAUACCUUGGGUAGGUACGCUAUGAUAUUAUUGCUGAAAUUCACACUUAUUAGCUUCCUAUUCCAGCAUAAGUUAAGCCUUAAGGUAAGCCACCUUGAUAACUUCCGUCACUAUUCAUUGCAUUACUAGCUGAAGAUAAUGAUGGAUGAUGACUAUAAUUACCCCUUACCCGUAGAUGUCUUAAAUUUGUAAACCUAUCAUAUUCUAACCUUUUGUAAGUAGAUUAAGAUAUC